CUCAUUGCAAUGGGAGAGGAAAGGAUAAUAAUUAAGGAUAAUAAUUUAAUAAUCCUUUAUUAUUAAGGAUCAUUUUGCAAGAUUUCUAGGCUCUGUUUUCGCAGCAGCCAAAGCAAACAGAAAUUCCCGCGCGGCCUGCUGGGAAAUGGAGUCCUUCGCUUGCAAGUCGAGAAAGGCGGAUUGGAGCUCCCCCUGCCGGUCUGCCAGGAAUCGUGCCCUGAUUGGCGGAGCGGGGAAGGACUCGGACAGCCCGCGGCCUGCUGGGAAAUGUAGUCGGGGUUCGGAAGUCCCUGCGGGAAGAGAGCCCGUUCCUCUCCCAGGCGGGGGGCAGCGGCGGGGUGAGCAUGUCCUUCAAGCGGGAGGGCGACGACCCCAGCCAGCUCCAGGUGCUCCAGAAACGGAGGGUGGCCGAGCUUCUGGCCAGUUACAUCCCCGAGGACGAAGCCUUGCUGCUGCGCGAUGGCAGGUAUUCCUGCACCAUCUGCUUCCAAAGGCCAGUUUUUGACACUCUGGACAUGCUCACAGUUCAUCGUUCUGGAAAGAAACACUUAGCCAGUUUGCAGAAGUUUUACGGGAAGAAGCGUUCUCUCGAGAACGAGAUUCAGAAGCGUCAGCAGCAGGCGUACCUGGAGGCAGAAGAAAGCGGCACCCAGGUAGCUCAAGGACCGGCCCCUUUGCUAGCCCAAACGAGGAGGAUCACCCAGAAUGCCUUGCUGAAAACCGUGCCCUACAGCAGCUGCUGCCGCCCCAAAAGGAAUCAGGUCGGUGCCAGCACUUCGGGGGUGAAUGCCGGCUCCGGAGCAGCCGAGACCACCGGGAUGCCCAAACCCUCAAGUUCUGAUUUGGUGGACGAAGAACGGCAGUUUGAAAAGGAAGCCAGCCCCGCUGUCCAUUCGUCCGGCUGCAGACUCUCAACAGCAGAGACUCGAGAGAGGAAGUUUGUCCGUCAAGGAAAGGGGCGCAUCACACGGAAAUCGUCCGAGCCCAAUGAUCCGGAGAAGCAGCGUGCCUUAGAGCACUUCCUGAGGCUGAAAAGUUCGGGGUGGAUUCAGGAUGGGUCGGGCAAGUGGGUCAAAGACGAGAACGUGGAGUUUGAUUCGGACGAGGAGGAGCCCCCGAUGCUGCCCGCGCCCUGAUGGCGGAUGGAAAACCCCCCCCCCACCGGCCGUGCCUUGGAAGUGUGCAAGGGACACCCGGAAAUCAGGAAUUAACUAUCAGAAAAUGCAUGAGACACUUUGGGCCCGGCCAUUGUGACCUUUGUGCAUUUAAGGCAUCGUUUUCCCACCUUUUGGCUUUUAGUAGUGCGGUUUUAUUCACUUUUAUUUCUCUGUGGUUGCAGUUUGCAUUUUGUUUCCAUUGGUGCAUUUCUGACAACGCAUUCUUUAAGUUCGUUGGGAGGUUUCCAAGCAGUCUCUGAGCAAGGCAGCGGCUGGAGAGAAAAGCCAUUAAGACAUCUUUAAAGUAAAUUAAAAAUAGAAUUUAGGGGAACUGCUGCUCUUCAGCUGGAUGGAUAAACAGCUGGGAUUGGCCUCGGGAGCUCGGCUGCUGCUUCUAUUUACGUUGUGCGCUGCAUUCAGAACCACCAAGACAGGGAUCGGAUUUUCUAUUUUGGAAACUAAAAAGGACCAAACUCCAUGUAGAUUGAUUGUCCGAGAGAAUUUAGAUCUGAGAAUUUGGAAACUUGGGGCCAGGUUAAUGUUGUUAAAACUCCCAUUCGUUUUCCUACUCACAGUUUAUAAUCUGGUGCCUGAAUGACCCUGUGGAUAGAGCAAUUUGAAAAGCAA